AGUUUGGAACGAUAUCAAGCAUUCAUUGGUCAAGAGGUUGCGGCCCAAACCGAUCGGGAGAGGUUGCAGCUUUUCGCGAGUUUUAUGGUCCAAGAAUCGAGACUACGAAGAGGGCUUUACUCAGAGGCCUUCAAUGCCAUGGCUGGAGACAUCAUGGAGUUGACUCGUAACAUGUGGAGGCCAUUGCUUGUGACGACAGAGACUCCUUCCACUCAGUCCAAGAGUCGCAAUGUAAGUCCGGAAAGUGCGAAUAUCAUGAUCGAGAUGGAUGGCAGCUUCCAUACAUCUAUCGCUUCUACUGCGGAACUUACACCUGCUACUGAUACAGAAUCUCUACCUGACGAGGGCCAGGACGCCGUAGACAGAAGACCUUCUAAUCUAUGGGGUGACAAGUUCAAGCCGUGUCUUUCGCCGAUUCCCAGUAUGGCCGUCAGUACUGUACCGGAUGAAGAAAGCUCGAGAGGAAGAUCGGCGAGUCGGUGGUGGGAAGAGAGUGUAGACGGCUCGUUCGGCAACGGAGGGCGCAGGCUUGAAAGAACCAGACAAGAGUCUAAGUAUAUGAGUCUGCAUCCUCAGGAACUGUUCAUCGCCGCACAACCUUCGCCUAACCAGAGUACGCCAACACCUGGCACCAGCAAGCAGACCUUCCAGUAUGGACCCGAUGAAUAUCCACAAGAGAAGAUUGGCUGGCACGAAGAGGAUGGCUUGUACACUCCAUCGAACCCACCUUCUGCAACUUUGCUUUUGCCUCGCAAUAAGGCACCUAUUGGUCGUUCAAGUGGAAGAUCAGCUUUGGAUGUCACAAGACUCGUCACCCUCCCACCACCAUAUCCACGCCACUAUCCUGCUGUCAACAACAGUCAUCCGGCACUAAGCGCGCUUCGAGCGAACCACCGAGCCGUAGCAGAUCUCUCGAACAUACGUGAACUGAUGCAGUCACAUGAAUCUGUUGAGAUGAGCAGGCGCCAACAAUGGAGAACAGUAGCUGGAGAAAGACUUCGUCAUUUCCGUUCGCAAACGCAAGCGUCCAUCAAUUCUGGAAAGAUAUCUUACAAUGAUGCCACUCAGGCUGAGCUCACAUUCCGUCAAUCUGAGGCUGCGAACGUUCUCAAGCAGGCCGAUACACAGUGUCAAGACUUCCGACAACGUGUCCAUGACCCUGUCUACAGGAUGCUUGCUGAACACUCUCGAACUUGUGACGAUUGCAUCGAUCAAUUAAUAAAGGCUUUGGAUACAGAAGCUGGAUGCGAUCAGAACUUGCUUGCCCAGACGGAAGGGGAUGAGAGGCCUGAGCUUGUUGAGCAGCUUACACUUCUGAAGUGGCUGUUCGAGAGCAGAGAACACAUCCACAAAGAACGAUUCGACAUUGACACCGCGCUUCUUGCAAGAGAGUCUGCGUCCGUUCUGACCAAUUACCAACAGAACGCAACUGAAGCACAAUUGCGUCAGGCCGAACAACACUUCGAACAUGAGCGUCAAAGACGACAGCUCCGAUACGCACAAGAGACCUAUGAACGGUUUGAUCACUUGCGUAGAACUGUGGAGAGACACAUUUCGAGAGGAGUUGAGAUCCAGCUGUCGGCAUUCUGGGACAUUGCACCGGGUCUGGUAGAAGUUGUGCAUAAAGUGCCCAGCAACCUGCAUGGAUUUGACAUUGUUGUGCCUCCCAACGAGCUGGCGGAGAACAUGUCCUAUCACGAGUUUCCAUUGCAGUACAUGUACACCAUCCUGGUACACGCCAAGAAGUCGGCAUAUCAAUUCAUCGAGGCACAGACGAACCUGCUAUGUCUUCUUCACGAGGUGCACACUGCGACAGAGGCAGCUACGUUGCGAUUGCGAGAGAUCGAGCGUAGUGCGGGUGGAGAGAGUGUGAGUCAAGUGCAGGUAGAGAUGAGUCGUUUCAAGAAGCAGAAGGAGCAGGAGUUGACUGAGGAUUUGCAAGGGAAAGUGCACGAGGUAGAAGGACAGUGGAGAGAGGCUUUGGGAGCCUCAAUCGAGGAGUGUAUUGACAGGGUCAAGUUGUGGCUAGAGCAUACUGGCGGUUGGGACGAGAACCUGGAAGUCUGA